AUGAAACGAUUAAUUGUGUUACUCUUAUCCACAAUAUCAAUAGAAACUGAAGCCUAUCCCCAACCGAGGAUCCAAGUGUACGAAAUAAGAAAAUCAAAUGAAAACCGUGAUGUCGAUACCCACUACUAUGACCCAGAUGGUACACGAAAAGAUGAUUUUAUGGCAAAAAUAUCCAAAAUUCAUAAAAAAGUAAAUUUAAAAAGCCUUGAUAGAUUAAUACAGCUACUGUCCGCAAAUGAAAAAGUAAAACCUUCGAAUAAACUACACACUUUUUCCAAUAGAAUUUAUUCAAAAGAUCGAAAUGAUUUCAAAAAAUCUGAUCUAGAUCACUUAAGUCGAGAUGAUGAUAUUGUAAGUUUCGAUGAUAAAGAGUCUAAAUCAGACGACAUUAGUAAAUUGAUCCAGUACCUAACGAGGACUGAUGAAGAUAGAAUUAAUGAUAAUACCGACUUUGAAGAUCUCACCCGAAGUUCACCUCUAGUUAUUGUAUCAGUAGAUGAGCAACCACAGGACGUAACCGCACUCGAAAAGCUACUACGCUCACCGCUACGAACUCAAUAUUAUGAAGACAGAACAUCGCCACCGCGAGUAGGACGGCAAUACGAUAACGACUAUUGA